GGCAGUAGCGUCUGUUGCUUCAUUUCCCAAGUUCUCAGCGAACGAUCGCCAUGGCGUCUUUCCUAAAAGCAGAGAUGCCGGCAAGCGCAUCCAGCCCAGCGCGGUCAGAGGACAAGGCGGUGCUCAUGCGCGGCGGUCGAGGCAGGGGUCGCAGAAUGCGCAUCAUUUCGAAGUACAAGCUACCACGCAUGAAUAAUAGCGAGCGCGGCAAAUUUUACCGCCAAAAGUACCGCGAAUACGAAGACCAACUGGAUCGAGAUGUGCAGCGUCUGCAAGGCGAGGUAAACGAGGUGCAGCGAUUACUAGAGCUGCGCCAGAUCCUGCUGCAUCGAUAUCCAUGCGUUGGUUUUGAUGGAGUGCGAGUAGCUACCCAGGUCGUGUACGAAGGUUUGAUCCGACUCCACGAGCGUUGGGUAUCAAUAGACCGAGGAGCAGCAUCACCUACUCCCAGCCUGGCGGAAUUGGAUUCCGACGAGAUUCGAUCAGCAGAACAUACCUUAGAGCGAUUGCAGCUCUAUCCGUCGCAAUCCGAGCACUUCAUUGCGCGACAUCAGAACAGUUCGACCCCAUUGAUGUUCAAGUUGCAAUCGAUCGAGAUUCAAGGUGGCAAUGACAGCAGAAUCGUUGUAGCAAACGGCCGUCUGUACGUCCGGUACCAGCCGGCAGACCUCGAUGAGCUCUUCCCUGUCACCCGGCACAAUAAGCAAUUUGCUGCUCGACUCUUGGCUAGAGAGGUCGCGUAUGAUUGCACUUAUCGUUUCCACACUGCGGCUCCGUUGGACGUUAGUGAAUUACUGUUUGUUAGUGUCGACGUGGAUGCUGUUGGCGGGCUGCUGGCCGUGAUCCCCAGUCUUCAGUGCAGUACUCUUCACCGCCCCGACCAAUGGCACUGGCGUUCAUUUUGA